GCAAACAUACAACGAGCAUUACAUAGAAGAUCCGCGGGACGGCAUAGUUUGGUGGACGCUUUACAUCGCUAUCGUUCUCCUCUCCUGCUUUUGUUGUCCCUCCCGCUUAUAGACGUAAACACACUCACAUCCAUACACGUACAACACCCGUAGAUCCUCGCGGCUCCUGCGCCGACGUCGUUUUACCUUCCUUUCUAUCACUAAUCAGUCGAGUGCUGAUUCUGUUUACUUUCUGCAACGUCGCUUCUUCUUUUUUUUUUUUAGGUGGCUCAUUUGAGAGGAGGAGAGAAGCAAGGCCAUGCUUCGGCGGCGCGUGGCGGGCCCUCGGCCGCUCCGCCCCACCCUCUCGAGCGGCACCUGUUUUCUUAGCGCUAGCAACGGCCAGGGCUGUGGUUCGUGCGGUGCCUGUGUUGCCUCGUACACGGCGACUCAAUGUCCGUCAGCGGCGGCGGCGUGCGGUGGAAGCAGCGGCCUCUUUGGGAGAACGUCUGCUCUGCUGUACAUGUACCGACCCCCCGACACGCACAACACGGAAACGAGUCGACUUCCGUGGUACCACCGGGCGUCUCUCCCUGCAGUCACCACUACCACCAACACUAGCACCUCAGCCAGCGCCACCGCGCCAGCUCCGCAAAGCCCUUCGGCUUUACAUCUCCAAGAGAUUUCCUCCAUUUUGCAAAGCACCUCCACUGGAAAGGCACCGCCCGCCGCCGGAGCAGCAGUGACGACCUCUAGCUCAGCGAACUCGUCCGCGCAGAGCAGCCACGACGUCUCUUCUGCCGGAGUACGGACACCAGCGCCAGCCCCACAGCAAGGCACCGCUCCCGGCCCGUAUGCGGCCACACCCUCCUUCCCUCUCGCUGCUACUGCCGCGGCUGCAGUAGCGGCGGCGCAAGCGGCGACGAUGUCAACAACUGCGGCGGCUGCCCUCCGACGAGGCGAUCGUGGGGCACUGCGACUGACGCCCGCGCGGCGCAUGUCCGCCCUCAGCGGCCCAACACUAGACGUCCGCGUCGAGGACAUCGUGAAAGUGGAGGAAACACUCGCGUCGGAGCUCACGCUUCCCAAAGUGGUGCAACUCCUCAUCGACCCUCAGGCCGAGGGCGUCGAGCGGAUUACGAUGAGUGAGUUUGCCGCCAUGCAGCCGAAGCGGCAGCUGCUCGCCGUCGGUGGCAAGAAGGAGUGGCUGCAGUGGAUUGAGCAGAGCACCUACUACCAGCAAGCCACCCGUCUGUCGGCCGAGUCGCCGGCGCAGGACCUCGCCGCAUUGCAGCAAGCCGGCAUUUACGCGCUCCAGCAGUGGCUCGAGCAGCCGCAGCUCGUACGAGUCUCUGCACGGACCCGCAGCGCUCUCGACACCGCCGUGGCGCAGAGCGUCGAGGCUUACAUGUCCGAGGUGGCCCAGGUCGUGAACACGAGCAACGCGGUGGAGGAUGUCCUAACGCACUGGGUGUCGGACGUGAUGGGGAAGUUCAUUCUUGACUCCCUGCAGAUCCCGCUCGACCGCGCCUCGCAGGCGAUGUGGAGCGCGCGGCGGGAGUGGAUGCCAGCGGACGUGGUGCGCAACGGCGGUGCGGGUGGUGUAACCGGCAGCAACGGCAGCUCCGCCGCAUCGUUAGCGGAUGUAGCUGGCGGUGGUGCCCCGCAAAACGCGGAGUCGCGCCUGCUGAAUGAGAUGCUCAGCAGCAGUAGUAGUAGCAAUGGUGCUUCGGGGUCUUCCGCUGCACAGCAACAGCAGCAGCAGCCCGUUCUUCGACCAGGCGAGGCCUGCACCCUCACCCACUACCUCCGCUUCGUGCAGAAGGUGAUGUCGAGUGUGCGACAAGACUACGUGGCCAACCACGCCGCCAUGGGUCACGGCACUGGCCGCCGCGGUGACGAACAGGCGGAGCAGGAGAUCGCCGAGCGCUCACACGGGGUCAUCGCGGCCGCCUUGACGCAGCUGCUAGAAAAGGCCGCUCUACAUCAGCUUCCACCCGAGCUGCAGACGCUGCAGCAGAACGGUUACCUCGCACUGGAUCGUGUGCCCGGUUUGCUGAAGCGUGCGGGCAACCUUCUCCAACUUCGCGCCGUGCCGGUGCGCUUCUUCGUCUUCCACAGCUCCGCCGAUGACGACGCCGCAGCCGCGGCCGCGGCAGCAUCGGCGGCACGUGGAGGGGGUAGCAGCGGCAGCGGCGGCAGUGCUCGUGCAGAUGACGCCGCCACCGGCCUCUCCGUGCCGGCGCCCCCUUUCUACCCACCCGGCACCUUCCUCACCGGAUCGAACCAGCUGGAUGUGACGUUGGGGGAGUGGACCGGCAGGCCCGACCCGCCCUCCUCCACCGCCCGCGAAGUCGGCGGUGUGGUGGACGACGCAACGGAGCAGGAGUACCUCUCAAUGCUGCGCCGCCUGCGUCGCCGCGUCGACACCCUGGCGGUGACCUCCCUCUACGAGGUCGUUGGCCAACCCGACCGCUACGGAGGCCACGGCUUCAGUGCGGUGGAGGCGAUCGGGCUGCAUCAGCUCUUUGGCCCCGUGAAGCUGCUGGAGGACCGACUGACCACCACGCUGCACUACCCGGUGGCGGCGGCGGACAAGCCGAUCCACUUUGUGGAAGCGGGCCCGCUGUCGGGCAAGACAGCCCUGCUCGAGCAGCUCGCGGAGCGGACCGCGCGACCGGGCGACAAGGUGGCGGUGGUGCGCUACAGCGGCUCUGCCACGCCGUACCUGCCCGACGUCGAUGACCACCCGGUGGCCUUUGCGUCCCGCUUCUGGUUUCGCGUCGCCCUCGCCUCCUGCCCCUACUUGAUCCGCGUCGAGGAGCUCUACUCGCGCGCACCGCGCAGUGUGUACUGGUGGGGCCAUGAGAAGAACUGGUCGUGGGAACGCUAUCAGAGCCUCUUGCAGUCGGCGCGGAACGCCGGCGCUGGGCACCGCCAGCACCAACAGCAGCGCGGCGGUUUGCCCGCAGCUCCGGCGCAGUUGGCGACUGUUCUCGUGGACGACGUGGAUCGGGCGUUGGGCGCGAUGCAACUGAAGUGGGGGGACGCUGCCGCCUUGUCCGCCGCCGCCGCUGCACAGACGAGUCAGGGUGUUCUUUUAGGCGGGUCCGGAGCCGCGUCUGGACCCGCCGCGGUGGUAGCCGCGCAGAAGGCCCAGCAGGCACAAGACGACGUGGACGAUGAAGAGGAGGAAAACGGAGACGGCAGCAACAGCAGCGGCCACCGUUCAUCGGCGUCGCUGCUCGCCGCAGCAGCAGCAGCCGUCCCCUCCCCUUCGCUGGAGCAGCAGCGUCAGCAGGUGAUCUCGCUCUGGCGCUCCACCGGCAAGUCCGUGGAGGAGCAUCUCGCCUCGUGCUUCACGCAGCUCUCCGCCGCGGUGGGGCAGGUGAACAUCGUCUUUACCGGUACCGCCGUGGCACCGCUGCUGCUCACCCAUUGCGCCGCACCGUGCCGUCGUUAUUACCUGCCCUUAUCGGGCGGUGUCGGUCUGCAGUCGCGCCUCCGGGUGCUGCCGCUGCUGGCGACGCUGCAUGCGAUGCAUCUGACGCAUCAUCUGGACAUGCCCGGGCUGCUGUACGAGGUCCUGAAGAACUGCCCGGCGCUGACGGGGAAGGCGCUGGAACUUUUCUGGUCGCACCGCGUGUCGACGAUGGACCUGCGCACCGGUCUGCCGCGGCUGACGAUGGGCAGUGGGUCUGCGCAUCCGCAAUUGAUACAGAGCUACGUACCACGUGAGCUCUUUGCGGAGCUUCCCCUCUACACGACGCUCUUGCAGAACCCACGCCGUACCCGCCGCCGGCUGGUGGAGCUGCUGCAGCGGCAGCUGAGCAGUCCUACCGGUUACCUCAGCACCGAGCUCGACACCACGCCGCAGGACGUGAAGGACGGACUGGUGCUGCCGCACAACCUCACGAGCUGCCAGGUACACCCCUUUGCACUCUUCGCCAUCUUCUCUCGGCAGGACGCGAUCGACGCGCGCGUCUUCAACGGCGAGGGUCAGCUGCUGGAUGGCAGCGAAGUCGCCGCCGACAAAGGGGACGGGGAGGAGGAUGAGACAGAGAACGCCGACAAGACCGACCCUGGCAACAGCAGCAGCGGUAGCAACAACGGCUUGAGCGACGCCGCCGCCGCGGCUCGCGUGCGGAGCAGCACGGGGGUCGGCAGCAACGAACGCAAGGUGGUGCGUGCGUGGGCCGAGGUGUGGGCCGAGUACCGCAGCGUCGUCUCCUCCCUCUCCACCUCGCCCACGAGGAAGCGGGAUGCGAUGCGGGUGCUCCUGCACGGUGCGCUGCUCCUGCGCUCCGCCGCGGUGGCCGGCGCGCAGCUGGAGCUGAACCUGAAGGUUCCCUCCUACGGCUUCCCGUUGCUGGCGUCCGAGACGCGCGGGCGCAGCAGCAGCAGCGGCGGCGGCAGCAGCAACCAUCAACACCACCAGCGUGGUGACGCGCUCAUCCGCCCCGCCACCCCAGAGACCGUACGGCGGGCGACGGCGGCAUAUAAAAUGUUCUUCUCCAACGCGGCGCCGAGCCACUUCCCUUUCCGGCCCAUGGUGGGCCUGAACGGCGGCUGCGACGUGGUCUUCGUGUGCGGGUCGACGCUGGCCCUGUACGACAUUGUCACCACCGCGGCGCAGCUGCGGCACAUGGUCGGGCGACUCGCGGAGGCGUUGCUCGGCGUACUGCACGUGCUGGAGCGGCAGGUGUUCCCGCUAGAAAAGGUACGUGCCGUGCAGUGUGUGACGGUCGUCUCCUUGGAUGAGCCGCGGCCUGGUGUGGCAGACGUGGGUGGCGCCAACGGCGGCGUAUCGGGUGGGAGCAACAGCGGUGGCGUGUACGGGCGUCGACGUGCUGCUGUCUCUCCCUCCUCUGCCGCUUCGACAGCGGGGGGUCUCAGCGUCGAUGUCUUCAACAACUCCACCGCCCUGACCGUUCCGUUCUACCUCGACUACGGAGCCGUGUUUGAGGACCACGUCCUGGACCGCCUCCGUGCCCUGCAACAGACCCUCGGCAUCACGAAAGACUUCCGCACGCUGAGCGAGCUCAUCGAUGAGUUAGAGCGCACACACCGGGUGAGGGUGACCCAAGACGUCGUGUCCACGCCGGAAGAGGUCGAGUCUCUCUUCUCGCCGACGCUGCUGCAGCUGGUGCCGGAUGCGACGGUGCUGCCGGCGUACACCUCGGCCGUCGUGUCGGCCGAAGAAUUGAUGAUGCAGGCCAUGAAGGGCCGCAGCAGCAGCAGUGGCAAGGCGAGCGGCAGUAGUAUCGGCAGUGGCAACGGAGGUGUCGGCACGUCGGCUACGGGGGGCGCUGCUGCAGCCGCUCUUGUGAAUGGGGCGAGUCGCCACAGCGCCGAGGAGAGCAUGUCGUUGAACAUCGACGAUGACGACGACGACGAUGAUGACGCUGACUACGUGAACCUCGGUGAGGAGGAGGUGAUCCCGGGGGCGGAGUUAGAUGACGUGGCGAGCGAUGUCCGCCUGUCACGUGAUGGGUCCAGCAAGAACGACUUGCGCGUCGCCGAUCACGAGCACCUGCACGAAUCCGCAGAGCUGCUGGAGGCGAUCAUGAACGACAAUUUGGAUAUCAUGUCGAACAGCACUGCGCGGCUGCAGGAGCAGCGCGAGGAGACGGCGCGCGACCUGCGCCGCGAUCUUGUGAUGGAGGACCGCAUCAACUACAACGCGCCGGCGCCGUCCACCACCGCCGCCGCCACCUCCUCCUCUGAUGCUGCGUCGUCGUUUGCCGCGUCUUCGAAUUCGCCAGCACAGGCGGCCGCGCAGAAGCGUGCGGUUGGGCCCGGUCGAUCUGCCGCGGAGGACGCAGAGGCGGACGCCCUGGCGUGGCUACACGACAUCAUCUCCCCAGAGAGUCUCAUUGCAGGUCUGAAGGGCACUGCACCGGGGGCGGGCACGCCUUUUUCGAAUGUGAUCAGUACACCGGCUGGCGCGUUGGCUGGUGGGAGCAGCCUUGUGCAAGGGCUCUCGUCCCAAGCAACACAGCAGUAUCAGCAGCAGCAGACUUCCUCUCCCACACUACCAUCAUCCGCACAGCAGCAGCAUGCAUCUCCGCUAGCGGCAGGUACAUCGCCGAUGAUGCCCAACCCGAUGGGCCCGUGGACGCCAAAUGUGGCUGCACCGGACGGCACGGAGAACAUCUCCGCCGUGUUCCCGCAAACGGCGGCGAAGCGCGAGGAUGGUCGUGGUGGCCACCACCACAGCGGCAGCAGCACGAACAGCACUACGAGUAGUAAUCCUCAUCAUCACACGACGGCCCGCAGUGAUUUGAAGGGAAAGGAGGCGCCGAUCAGCGGGUCGCCGCGCGACGCGGCGGCCGACAAGGACGACGACGUGGUGAGUCCUGCGAAAGACGCAGCAAACGCGGAGGGCGACAGCGAGGAGGAGGAGAAGAUCAACCUGCAGCGGCUUUUCGAUGCAGUCAGCCAGCAGCGCAGCCGCAACGGAAAGACGACGAGGGCGGCCGCAGCGUCGUCACGCCGGCAGCGUCGCGGCGGCCGUGCCGCGGGGGGACGUCGCCCGGAGGAAGCGAAGCCGAGGCGGGCUGCGUCGGGCAGCAACAGCAACAGCAAAGGUAGGGCAAAGGCGUCGUCGACAGCAGCAGCAGCGAAAGGGCGUAAGACCGCGCGAUCGGCCGCCGCCGCCUCGCCGUCGUCGUCGUCCGCCAACAGGAGAAAAGCGAAGACCUCAGCGUCCAGCGGCGGCAAACAGAAGAGCAGCUCGGCGAAAAAGCGAAGGUGA